CAUAACACCGCCUUAGCCGGCGAUUUCUGGGGCAUCCAUCUACCAGUUGCCGGCGACUCUCACUGCCACCGAUGUAUUGCAGAUCACUCCUCCACGCUUCCCCAACUUCUCUCCCUUCCUUCAAAGCCCAAGCCUCUCCACUCUUCACCCACCAAAGAUUCCCCCAAAAAUACUCAAACCGCAGGCCACAACUCUCUCUAGCAAGAACCCAAAUCAGAUGCACAGCAGAAGCUGCCGGUGGGCCUGGAAAUUGGGACAAAUGGAUACCCAGAAACUUCGUUGCGGCUGAUAAGGUCCUGAGGCUGAUCUCUGGUGCAACCUCCAGUCCUAUUGCCCAGUUCAUACAGUCCCCCACCACUUUCUUGCAUUCUGUUGACUCCAGGAUUAAGUUGGCAUGGCUCCUUGCCCUAGUUAUUCUACCAGCAAGGUCAAAUGUUGUAAUGCGUUUUGGAAUAGCCAUGUACUUGGCUCUGUUAUCUGUUUUGAUUCUUCCAAAACAUGUUUGGAUGGAUCAAUUGGGAAGAGUGUCACUGCUCUGCGGUAUUCUAUUUAUAAUGUUGGGUCUGGGUGCAGAUGGUGCACCUCCCCUUGUCCAGUUAAGAAGCCCACCGCCUUCAAUGACUGGAUUGCCAAAUGUUCCAGCAUCUUUUCAAGGCUAUUCAUAUGUAAUUAUGAAGUUAGGACCGUUACAGCUUACAAGAAAGGGCUUCUCAGUAGCAACCACAUCUGCUUGUUUAACCUUCACUAUCUUCCAAAGUGCAAGCCUUUGCCUCGCCACCACAACGCCUGAGCAACUUGCUUAUGCUCUGCAAUGGUUUAUGCUCCCUUUGACAAAUUUUGGUGUUCCCGUGGCUGAAGUUACCCUGACCCUCCUGCUCUCACUGAGAUUCAUCAAUCUGGUGUUUGAUGAGGUUCGAAAUGUUGCUCUGGGGAUUGUAUCUCGUAGGAUAAAUUGGCAACUCUUGACUGUUAUGGAGACAGUUGAUGUUUUCUUUGGGUACAUUCGACGGAUCUUUAAAAAUAUUUUUAGCCAUGCGGAGCAGAUAUCUCAGGCAAUGAUUGCUAGAGGUUUCCGGGGAGACAGCAAGGCUCACAAAAUCUACUUCUCAUCAGACUCAUCCAUUGGGAUAGCAGAUAUACUUUCCUUGUUGUGUCUUGUUAGUCUUAUAGGUGCUACUGCUCUGUUAAACUACCGGAGUAUGUGAAUAUGUCCAUAUGGUCAGCUCCCCCCCCCCCCCCCCUAUUCUUUCUGUAAUUUAACCCUCCUUUGAUCGACUGCUAAUCAGCUUCCAAAACUCGCUGAUAAUUCUCUACCUAAUACCGUUAGCAGUUUUUGAUGGUUACAAUGCCAAAGCAUUUGUACUGAUAAUUGAUUCUCUCUUGGUUAGUGUUAAAAGAGUUAAUUCUAUAUUUUUGCUGUCUUUCUGGCAGUGGAAACAGCGUUGUAAUGACAUUCAUAUUCAUCAUUACUAUAAUGAUCUGACUUGCAUUUCUGCC